CAAUGUAUUUAAUGCGAAUAGCGCAUGCUAUGAAACCGCCGUCCUAGCUAACAUGUUUCCAAAACCUUGAAGUCGGACAGUAAAUACAGCUGUGCUACUGCGUGACGUCACUUCCGUAAUAAACAAGCGAUAGUGUGGUGUAACGUAAUGCUCACCCCGACAAGGUGAAUCAGUGUAUCUAUUAACACAAUGAGCCGGGACGUCCCUAUCCACAGCUGGCCCGGUUCCUAUUACAUCAACAGUGAGAAGCGGUGGGAAAAUGGGACCCUGUCCCUCACUAGGACCAUGGUGCGCUUUGUCUCUAGCCAGAGUAAGGAGAGUCUUGCCAGCUUCCGCCUCUCCAGGAUCAUGGAGAUCAAGAUGGAGUCGUCUAGUUUUAUCUUCAGCACUCUCACAGUGCUCGAAGAGGGCAAUGUAAAACACUGGUUUGGCUCCCUUAAGCCCAACAGGGUGGUGGUUUAUAAUGUCUUAGAGCAUUUCUGGAGAGAACGUCUUUUGUCCCCCAGCUCAGAGGCCAGGGGAGCCGAGUGUAGACCCUCUAAAGGCAGAGAGCUGAUCAGCCUGGUAACAGGGGCCCAGAGAAGACUGGAGGACACCAGCAGUGUCCUCAGCCACCAAGGAGAGCAGUUUGACAAUAUGAUGCAGGGACUGGAGAAGAUUGACUCAGAUCUGGGCGUGGCUGAUAAACUUUUGUUAGAGCUGGAGUCUCCCUCCUGGUGGCCUUUUGGUAAACUUCCUUGGAAGACUCAGCAGGAAGCCAAGGCUCAGGAAGCUGCAAGAGUUGGAGCUGCUGCUGCUUCUGCUGCCGGCAAAGGGUCCAGUAGGAAUAAGGUUAUCGCAAGCAUUCCAGCUGUAGUGACCAAAGGCGGGGACUCAGACUUAAAACCCGGAUGCUUGUUGGUGCUGCUGUCCUCAGUGGAGGUGCGAGACACAAACUGUCAACUCCUUCACCGUUUUGAACGAAAUGACAUUGAUGAAAUCAGGGUGCACAGUCCGUAUGAGAUCACUGUUAGACAGCGAUUUAUUGGGAAGCCAGAUAUCUGCUACAGGUUCCUGUCUGCCAAGAUGCCGGAGGCAAUGUCAGUGUUAGAGAUGCAGUACAAAAAGAAAGUGGAGUUCACAAAUGAAUACAGUGCUUUCAAAGCAACUCCAGUUUCAUCUCCGUGUGAUACAGAGGGGCCAAACUGGAAUCAAGUCAGGUUUGCUGCAGAGGUGCCAAGACACAGAGCUCCCACUGGAGGUCCCAGCAGGAGAGCUGUCCCAGUUGCAGGUGCAGGUCCUCCAGCCGUCUGUCAGUCAGGCUGAGGCGCAGGAACUCAAACAGAUGUUGAUGCAGUUGAAGAACCUUGCCCUGGAGGCAGAGACAGAGCUGGAACGGCAGGAUGAUGUUCUGGAUGAACUAACCAGCUCCACUGACCGAGCCACCAUGCACAUAGAGAAGCACACCUGCCGCAUGAAACGACUCCUGUAGCUCUGACAGUCCCGCAGACGCAGGCAGUCACCAUGUCCUUCCUGAGAAAUGCAUUUUAAGCUUCCUCAUUGCACUCAGGAUUGGUACAAUGUGAGAACAGCAGUAGGGACUUGCAUUUACUCAAAAUUUGAUUUUUCUGGAUAUAAUCACAUAAGCACAUGGGUUCAAGUGUCUGUAAUUUCUGGGAAGUGCAGCAAUGUUUGUGUAAUACUAAAGAUGUCCCCCCCCAAUCUGUGACAAUUGGAAACUUUCCUCCCUUGAAAAACGACCCCACACGUCAUUUGUACAAAUAGCAAUUACGACUCAUAUUUAAAUUUAUUGUUUGGCAGUGCCCUAGUGGCCGCGGUAACUAUGACGGGAGCAAAGUUAUAAGUAAGGUGACAAAGUAUAAGAGCGGCAAACUCUGUAAGGAGGCAGGUUGGGGUGGUGGAUGGGUGACAGGAGACUGGAGUUUGUGUCCGUUUGAAAACCCAAACCGUGAUAGUUUUCUAAUCCUAACUAAGAAGUUUUGGUCUCUAAACCUAACAAAAUUGCAACCAAUUUCACAACAUUAACGACCAUUAAGCUUAUUAAGCUUAUUAAGGUAUAAGGACGGAAAAUUCUCCCGUGGGUUGUAUAUUCUGCCACCAUUAGGGGCACUGAUGUGUCUAACGCUCCUUUAGGUUGUUUAAGAUGGUGUUCCUAUGGCUUAGAGGACUAGUCGUAAAUUUGUCUUUCAGAUUAUGAUCUGAAAUGUCUUCAUUGUUUUAUUUUAUUAUUUUAUUUGAACAAUUCAAUCAUUUGUGACUGAGAUAAAUGAGCCGUCUUUAUGAAGGGUAACGUCUCCGCUGUGUCCUCUGAGUGUGCAUUUUGCACCACUUUGCAGCCGUGGCUAGCAUUGUUAGCAUUACAUUUGGCUUAGAUCAGGGGUCAAUGUUUUUUAGGCCAAAGACCCCUUAACUGAAAGAGAGAUGGAGCAGGGACCCCCAACUACAGUACAUAUAUU